AUGUCGAGCACGAGCAGCAGCGAUGACCAUUCCGGCUUGCACCGCGUGAAUACAUGUACCCAACAGGGUCUAUCGCCUAAAUUGGAGGGUAGUCGACCUCCUGCUGUUGUUGGAGACGAAAACGCUGGAUCCAACAUUCCACAAGCUAAAACGUUACCGUCAAGAAAGAAGCAAGUCCCCUCUCCACGCCCGACAUCAAGACAAAUUGCAAUUGCGUUAUAUCACUGGGUAACGUGUAUCUUCAUCUCUGUACUGAUAUUCUCCCAGUUUUUGGGGCUCUUCUGGAACACUGUUACUUCUGAAGGUGGAGCACUCUACGGAAGUUACCCGGUAGCGGGAGGAAUGAGCGAAAUCGCUGGUGAUAAUGAUAAAGUCGUCACCGACCGUGUGUUGGCUUGUGUACUCGAGGGACCGUAUUACAAGCCUGUUCUACUUAACGACGUGCUUGGAACUUCUGGUGCGUCGGUAGUUCCAGAGACUACACCACCCCAGGUUGAUGGAUAUCGAGUCGUACGUCGUCACGGUGCAACACUCAGUGACGACGCUUAUGCCACGUAUAUGGACACUUGUGCUUUGGUUUCCACGACUCUGGAUAUGAUCUUGGAUACUUGUGAUAACGAUCUGGGCUACAGCGUCACAAGAGAUGGAUUACGAAUUGUAGUGAACGGUGAGAAAACUUAUGGUGGUACCAGUGAUACCGUUUACUUGAUUAAGAACGCUCUACCGGUGCUAGUGAUGCCGUUCUGGGAUAACGCAUCCAUUGCACGUUAUGCUGUGCCUGGAACGGAUGGAUCGGCCUGUAUGUUUCGUCUAACUGGUAAAUACGUCGACUCGACUUUAACGGAUGGAUUCCCAGCGAUGUUGGCGGUGAAUAGAUCAGUGAGAGAGUCUUUAACCCAGAGGUGGCUCGAAGCACCUCAUGGGAAAUGGCGACAUGGAUGGCUACAUGUGGGGAAUGGAGACGAAUCGGAGACCCCGUACUUCUCAGAUGUCAUCAGCUCCGAUCCGGGGUCAAUUGAUGGACUGACGAGACGCGAAUUCAACACACUAACUAAGCAAGAACUGGACUGUGUUAUUAACCGGAAGGAGUGCUUAACUUCGUCUGAAUCGCUGUCGUGGGGGGACAAAAUGUCUACAGAAGAACAGGAGUUGACGAUGACCUCGAUCACGAUCGCUUCGCCACAACACUUUGGUUUCUUUCUGUUUACAAGCACCUUUGAGCGAACUGUGCGAGUGAUGUAUGACUGGGAAACAUUGAUUGCAAACGUGUCACUGGGAAUGCUACUAGUGCGUUGGGUCGUGGCGAUGGCAGCACUCCACCGAGGCUUCUUACUGGGUAGAAGCGAGUGGUUCAUUGGUGGUCUCGGCUGUGUGGCUGGAUCCCGCAGUUUCAACAUGCUACCGAUUGUGUUACUACCUCACCUAAAAGUUACAAUCGCUUCCUUUUGGACUGCCGGGUGCUACUUUGACGGCGAACAGAUCGCACUGUCUGAGUCCUGGUUUACGAUGUAUCCCGGGCUGGUGGAGUUUUGCCUCGUUUACUACAGUUUGCUCAAUGUCUUCGCCAAGAUCACUCGUCGAAGAAUCACAGACAUGUUCUUCACGCCCACACUGGCAUUACUCUGCUUACUGCACCGGAUUCGCGUACCACUAGCAUCUUCAAGUGCUCUGUCGAGUGUGGACGGUCGAGUCGCGACCAAAGUGCACUCAGCUGAGAUGGAGGACUUGCAACUGGUGGACUUUUUCAUCUCGGACGUCGGCCCUCGCAUGAACGCGAACUUGACUCUACUGAUGACUAUCAAGCUCGUGUUGGUCGGACUUAACCUUCUGCCUCUGGUGUUUGCACCAUACAUUCCUCCUGUCAAGCAGCCAGACACGGAGCUCAAAGGUGUCGAACGGGCUCUUGCCAUUCGUGCCAGCAACGUCGGAGGUUUGGGAUGUUCACCGGUCUACAUUUACGGAGACGAAAAAGGUAAACGGACUAAAAUUGCACUAAACAGCUACGAAUUGGUUCGACUGGGCUACGUGGUGUUUGGUGGCCAAUUCUUGCUGACAUUCGACGCGUGGGACGUCAUAAUGAACACAGCGCCACUUAAUCAAAGACACCACUUGUGGAAUUAUCGUGUAAUAGUCUUCCCACUACGGGAGAAAGAUGGCUACGCUGCUGUUGGGGAUAGACCGAUUGUCUGUCGCCUGGAUGACACUCGAUUGGAGUCAAUACCUUUCUGGGAUAUCGCCGCUCAACCCGUUAAAUGCUAA